AUGCAGGUGGCUCUCAAGGAGGAUCUGGAUGCAAUAAAGGAGAAGUUCCGAACUAUGGAAUCUAAUCAAAAAACAUCAUUCCAAGAAAUUCCUAAACUGAAUGAAGAUUUGGUGCAGAAGCAAAAGCAACUAGAACAAAUUGAGACUGGAGAACUGGGGCUAAAUAAAAUUUGGAUAAAUAUCACAGAGAUCAAUAAACAGAUAUCACUAUUGACUUCAACAGUAAAUCAUCUCAAAAACAACAUAAAAUCUGCAUCCGAUCUGAUUUCUCUUCCUCUCACAGUAGAGAAACUUCAGAAGACUGUAGCUAACAUAGGUAGCACGCUUACCAGUGUUUCUCAUGAUGUUGAAAAUAUACAGACAGCUAUUGAAGAAUACAGGAAAUCCAUAGAAAUACUCCAGAAUGAUGUGGAAUUAAAACAGAUACCUUUACUUCCCUCCACUGUUGUGCCAAGGACUGAGAGAAAUCAGACAGAAAAUUGCAAAAAGGAAAGCCAGUCACUGCAUGCAGCUUUGGAAGAGCUAAAUAAUACUGUAGUGGCAUACCAAAAGUUGAAUGACAUCAAGCUUCUAAAUGUGGAUUCAGCCAUUGGUAACCUUAGCCAGAGGGUUAUGUUUUUAGAAAACUCUCCCCUUGCUGUGAAUAAUCUGGACAAAAGAGAGAACUUGUCUACCAGUGUGGUGAAUGAUGCAACUACCUCUCUAAAAGUGGAAAAUGAUCAACUAGAUAAUGAAACUCAUUCAAAUAAAGAACUGAAGGAAACAGGAACUAGAGAUUCUCAGGUAUCAAAACUAAAAGAGAAGCUUCAGCUGAUCAGUGCUCUCACAGGCAAGCCAGAAAAUGACAGACCCAUGGAGACAUCAAAGAAUGUUGAAAGUAGUCUGAGUGCUACAGCAAAGCCCACAGACCUUUCACGGCUGGCUUCAAGGUCAGCUGAUGACAACACAGAGAGUAACGGACAGCUGAGACAUCUGUCCUUACCCGGAAUUUCCAGCAUGGAAGAUCUUCAGAAUUUGUUUGAAAAAGCAACUGAGGAUGCUGAUGGAAAACUAUCGUAUGAAGAUCUUCAAAAGCUGCUUGGCUCUACAGCCCAAGAGUCACAGAGCUUUAAGAAAUUUGACACAGAUGGAGAUGAGAAAUACUCAUUGCAAGAACUGAGAUUAGCAUUAGGUGUAUAGGAUAUACAUUUAGAAAUGUGAUACUGAUGGAUGCUACUGUAGCUAAAGAAAACUAUAGGACAUGAAAAGCUAUGUCUGCACUUUCCCAGUAUUUUACUGAUCUUUGGAGCUAAAUUACUGUACACCUUGCCACCCCUUUUUUGUUUGCGUUUAUUGAAAAGAAAUUUUCAAAUUUAUAUGUUGAUAGGAUAUAAUAUUGGGACUGUGUUAAAAUGCAGAAAAUUCCCAAACUUGGAAACGUUUUCCUCUCAUUCUUUCCUUUUCAAGGGAAUUCUUGUUUUUAAUUUAAAAUGUGUACAUACUAAAAAUAAAACUAUGGUUUUGUAUUUCACUGAAAUUUGCCUUAAAUUAGAGAGCUGCACUUUAUGUAGAGCAGAAGGAAAUCCAUCUUGUAAAGAUGGGCUUCUUCUGCUUGUAAAUAUUUGAGAUAGAGUAAA